AUGGUUGAUACAAUUAUAUAACCAAGUGAUUCAAGUGAUUGAAAACAUAAAUAAUUGAAAUAUCGAGGUCUUAUGUAUUUCACUGGUAAAUAAUACUGUAUAGAUCUUCGUUUUUACACGCGCGAUAAAAACAAUGAUUACUGUAUAAUAUUCUGUAUAAUCAUAUAAUAUUCUGCAAAUUACGAAAUAUAUACACAGAUUACAUUUAAGAUAAGAGUGAUAAGAGUGCUGAUACAUUAUGCUAGAUCACGAGAAUAUCACAAUAUUAAGAUGGGGUGCGCCUCUGUUUAAGGGACCUGUUACAGAUUUCUUGGCUAAUGUACGUAAUCUUCAAUGUCACAAGGAUUGUGCACAGUAUGAGCUAAAAUAUGUCGAUUGUAUGGAAGCGUAUGGUUAUCACAAAGGCAAGAAAGAAUGCAGACUGAUAUUAGAAGAUAUGUAUGAAUGUGUAAUGAAAGUAAAAAGAUUGCGUCGCAUUGAAGCGAUGCAGCAAGAGCGAUAUCGUCAAUAUAAGAAUGGUGAAAAGGAAAAACUUUGGGCAGAAACUCCACCACUCGAUCUAUUUUAAAUCAUUGCUCUUUGCUAAGACAUAUAGUUUAUGUAUAGAUGUAUUGUAUAUGCUGAUAUGAAAUGAUUAUAGAUGACAAGUUUUAUCAUCUAUAAAAAAAAAAAAAAACAGUUUAUUGCUUGCAAAUUCCUGUCUCUAUCCCUAGGAGUGUUUUGUCAAUGGAAUAAUAUUUGAAAAUCGAUAUUUA